AUGUUCUUGGUAGAAGAAGGCUGUCUACCACAUGAGGUUGAUCAAGUUCUAGAAGACUUUGGUUUUCCGCUGGGUGUAUGUAAAGUUUCUGAUCUGGCAGGGUUAGAUGUUGGUUGGCGUAUACGCCAAGAGCAAGGAUUGACCGGAAAGAAUCUCCCAGCUGGUACACCCUUACGUUAUCGUAAUGGAGAACAAUAUUGUCCUAUUAUUGAUAUGCUCUGUGAACAGGGACGUUUUGGUCAGAAAACUGGAAAGGGUAUUUAUAAAUAUGAAAGACCAGGUGCAUUUCAGGCUAUAAUUGACCCUGAUAUUGAAGACAUUAUUAUUAGGUACUGUAAAGAGAAUGGAAUAGUGAGAAGAAGAAUAUCAUAUCAAGAGAUAUUAGAACGUUCCUUGUAUGGGAUGAUUAAUGAAGGAUUUCGUAUUCUGGAAGAUGGAUGGCUUCAAGAAUGGAAGAUAUCGAUACAAUUUGGCUUUAUGGGUACGGUUGGCCACGCCAUACAGGUGGACCCAUGUACUAUGCAACAAAGAUGGUAGGUCUACCAAAAGUGUAUGAACGUCUUCUUUACUACCAGUCACAACAUCCAACUAUGAGCCACUGGCAACCAAGUGAUCUCUUGAAAAAGAUGGCAACUCAGUCUAGUUCCCACCUGUAAGAUUAUACCUGCAAUUGUGUUGCAAUACCAGAUGUCUAUUCAAAGAACAGGAAAUUUGAAAUGCAUGUUAAUGCAUACCAUGUGAUGCAAAUCAGCCAAUCAAAUUCAUAAAACAUACAACUUGGAGUAUGUGAUCAAUUUACAUGUACAAUACUGUACCUUACUGUGAUAGCAUGUUUAAAAUUUGAAUAAUACUGGAGGAGGG